AAAUCGAUUUUGUUACGAGAACAUAUAUUUGAAAUGUUUCGAAAAAGGGAACUAAUGCCAUUUCCACGACGUGAUCGUUUGGAUAUUCAUUAUAUUUCUGCCGCUCUAACCAAAAUCAAUCCAAGUGUAUUGAAAGUGCUCAAGACUCCGAAUUACCUCUUUAGCUACCAAGCCGUAAAUCUUUUUAUAAAUUUAGUUGCAGCCACUACCGAAUUUGACAUGGUCGCCGUUAAUUUCUGCCAAUAUCCCGAAUUCUAUCCCAUUCAUAAUGCCACUAGCAACGAUGUCCAAAUUUUAUACGCAAAACCAAGCAACAACACUGUGCCAGGCCAUUUGAUGUGCAUAUUUUAUAAAGCAGAUGAUCGAACGAUUUUCGUCUAUGACCACCAACGCCUUAAAAAGGAACAAAUGCUUCUUAUAAAAAAGCGCUAUCCCAACUAUAAACAUGUCACUUAUGUUGACCGAAAGACAAAACAACAGGAUAAAACAUCAUGUGGACCAUUUGCAAUUGCGUAUGCAACCUCACUCAUCCUUGGCCAUGAUCCCAGGACGCAUAAACUCAGAACUAAUUCAAUUCUCACCAGUUUUUUUAUGAAAGACUUUGAUUAUUCGACCAUUUUUCGAGAACAUAUUUUGAAAAUGUUUGAAGCAAAACAAUUAUUACCAUUUCCACAAUAAAUAAAAAACGAAAAUCAAAUAAAAGUUGAAGGAAAUGUUUUUAAAUGA